AUGUCGCACAUUUCCAGCUUGCUCGAAAUGUUCAGCUCGUUUCGGAUCACUGGCCACAGUUGGGGUCCGACGUACGCCGAAAUCUCCGAAAGCAAGAGGCAAGAACGCGAUGCCAACAUUGCAGCGAUUCGCCAACUCUCCCACGUUUCACCUCAUGAGCUCCUCCCGCCCGACAACACCCCAGCUGGUGUGCCAGAGAAUGCCCAGGACUUCGAUGAAGACCUUUUGAGCGCCAUGAGACGUAUGUGUGAGAGCACGAAGACCGACAUGUAUCAAGUCCGCAAACGCAUUGCCCAAGCCAUCCUCAAUCGUACUGGUGGCAGCACUGCCCUCUUCAUCAGCGAUGAUUUUCGCGACGCUCGCGAGCUUCUCGAAAAGGACCUUAGCCACGACAACGGAUUCAUGGAGUGUCUGCAGGACGAGCCCGAGUGCGAGCACGCCGGAGGUAGACCUGCGCAAGAGCACCGUGCAAAUAAUACGGGAGAAAGCGUCCCACCGCAGCGUAUGGAGACCAGCGCAAUUCAUGCCGAACUUGCGGACUUGCACGAGGAGCAUAGUACAAGCUCCGGGGUCAUCUACUACUGGACAAGGCAUGGCUUUGUAGCCCAGCGAGUGAAAGAUCUUGAGGAGGAGGUGUUCGGGAGAGGGCGUCAUUGGAAUCAAUUUCGCCAGGACUGA